UCUAUCACUCUCUGUCUCCCACCUCUAGCCCCCAAAAAUUUAUAGUUUUGGUUCUAAACCCUUCUACAAAGACCAAGUCUUUUACUGUUUAACAGCCUUUCUAACUCAUUCAUUCAAUUAGGGUUCGUAGUUCCCUCCAAGUCUCUCUCACCUGAGAGAGAUCCGGUAUUGUCAGGCAAACAGAGGACAAUUCACGCUGAUUAUGGAAGCUAAUAAUUCUAAUGUUUCCCGAGCUGAAGAAUUGAAGCUUCUUGCAAAUGAAGCAUUUAAAGCCCAUAAGUAUUCUCAAGCUAUUGACCUGUACACCCAAGCGAUUGAACUAGAUAGCCAGAAUGCCGUGUACUGGGCCAAUCGUUCGAUUGCUCACCUUAAACUGGAGGAAUAUGGAAGUGCCAUUCAAGAUGCUUCAAAGGCUAUUGAAGUUGAUCCUAGAUAUUCAAAGGGGUACUACAGGCGAGGUGCAGCUUCUCUUGCUAUGGGGAAAUUCAAAGAGGCACUAAAGGAUUUCCAGCAGGUUAAGAAAAUCUGUCCGAAUGAUCCUGAUGCUACCAAGAAGCUGAAAGAAUGCGAGAAGGCAGUGAUGAAGCUUAAAUUUGCUGAGGCAAUUUCUGUUCCAGAGUCUCAAAGGCGUCCUGUAGCUGAUUCUAUUAACUAUCGUUCGAUAGAAGUGGAGUCACAAUACACUGGUGCAAGGAUAGAAGGAGAUGUUGUUACUUUGGAUUUUGUGAAGAAAAUGAUGGAGGAUUUUAAGAAUCAGAAGACUUUACACCAAAGAUAUGCAUUCCAAAUUGUGUUACAAACGAAAGAAAUGUUGCAAAAGCUACCUUCUCUUGUGGAUAUCAAUGUUCCAAAUGGCAAGCAUUUUACCGUUUGCGGUGAUGUUCAUGGUCAGUUCUAUGAUCUCCUAAAUAUUUUUGAGCUCAAUGGGCUUCCUUCGGAGGAGAAUCCAUAUCUAUUCAAUGGUGACUUUGUGGACAGAGGAUCAUUUUCAUUGGAGGUCAUCCUAACACUAUUUGCAUUCAAGUGCAUGUCUCCAUCAGCAAUAUAUCUUGCAAGAGGAAACCAUGAAAGCAAGAGCAUGAACAGGAUAUAUGGUUUUGAGGGCGAGGUCCAGUCCAAGUUAAGUGAAAAAUUUGUGGGACUAUUUGCUGAAGUGUUUUGUUGUUUACCGUUGGCUCAUGUAAUAAACGGCAAGGUGUUUGUAGUUCAUGGGGGUCUUUUUAGUGUCGAUGGGGUGAAACUGAGUGACAUCAGAGCAAUUAAUCGGUUUUGUGAACCUCCCGAGGAAGGAUUGAUGUGUGAAUUGCUAUGGAGUGAUCCACAACCUGCACCUGGAAGAGGCCCUAGCAAGCGAGGUGUGGGUCUAUCUUUUGGUGGUGACGUGACAAAAAGAUUCUUGCAGGACAACAAUUUAGAUUUAGUUGUGCGCUCUCAUGAAGUAAAGGAUGAAGGAUAUGAGAUUGAGCAUGAUGGCAAACUCAUCACUGUUUUUUCUGCUCCAAAUUACUGUGAUCAGAUGGGUAACAAAGGCGCCUUUAUCCGUUUCGAAGCACCAGAUUUGAAGCCAAAUAUUGUUACUUUUUCAGCAGUGCCGCAUCCUGAUGUGAAGCCAAUGGCAUAUGCGAAUAACUUCCUCCGUCUCUUUCAGUAGUUUACAUGGGUGAAUCAAAGGGCCAUAUAAGCUGUAUUGUUUUUUUCCCCCCGCCAUAUAAGCUGAAUAGAAAUCUGCAAUGCUAGGCUACUAGUGAAGAGUAGGUCCAUGUCUGACAUGCCUGUCUUUUGUGUACUUAUCUCUACUAGGAAGAAUAUUUCAGCCAUUUUCUUUUAUAUUCUUUUCUUCUUGUGCUUGCUACGAGCCAAGUUUUGAUGAAAUUCAUAGCACAUGAAUGACGGCUAGCUAAAUUGCAUGGCUUUUUACUGUACUUAUGUUUUGAUGGUCUUUUCCUGGAUUUGUUGGAGAUCCUCAACUUUUCGUAUAGAUUC